GUGGCCGUAGGGCGUGCGGUGCGCAGUCGGCGAGAGGGGCGCCCGGCUCCAGUCCCGCGUGCCUCGACGGCAUGGCUUCGCUGCUGGGCUCCUUCGCGUGGGCGGAGAGGCUGGACUGCUCCGCUCUGGAGUUGCCCGACGUGGGCAGUGGGACCCCAGCCUCCGCGGGGCCCCGAACGGAGAAGGGAAGCCCCGAAAGCCGCAUCCGACGCCCCAUGAACGCCUUCAUGGUGUGGGCCAAGGACGAAAGGAAGCGCCUUGCCGUCCAGAACCCGGAUCUGCACAACGCCGAGCUGAGCAAGAUGCUGGGCAAGUCCUGGAAGUCUUUAACCCCAUCCCAGAAAAGGCCUUACGUUGAAGAGGCAGAGAGGCUGAGGGUUCAACAUAUGCAAGACUACCCCAACUACAAAUAUCGGCCCAGAAGAAAGAAGCAGGUCAAGCGGAUCUGCAAGCGGGUGGAACCAGGCUUCCUGCUGGGUAGCCUCUCCAGGGACCAGGACCACGUGUCUGAGAAGAGGGUGUGCAGCCGAUCAGUGAGUGAGAAAGAUGGGCAGGCUGAAUACUCAACUGCUUCGGUAAUGCCAAACCUCAGGAGAUAUCAGGAGGUUCAGAGCAGUAACACAGGUACUCCAAUGGACACUUAUCCAUAUGGGCUGCCUACUCCUCCUGAGAUGUCACCUUUGGAUGUGAUAGAUCCUGAGCAGAGUUUCUUCUCCUCCCCCUGUCCUGAAGACCCUCGUCAUCCCCACAUGUCUGGAGACACCUACUCUCUGGAAUAUGCCACCAGUCCUCUCCAGUGCAACCACUCUCUGGGUCGCAUGCCAGUCUCUCAGUCAGCCUCCACUAUCCACUCUGCUUCCUCCAGUUGCCCGGCACCUCCCACAGGAAAUUAUUACUCCCCAGCUUUCCCUCCUACUCUCCAAGCCCCUAGCCUCCACAGCCAUCUUGGCCAGCUCUCACCUCCACCCGAGCAUCAGAACUUUGAUAGCCUGGAUCAAUUAAGUCAAGCAGACCUUCUGGAGGAGAUGGACCGCAAUGAGUUUGAUCAGUAUCUCAGUGCCCCUGGACAUCCAGAGCCUAGUGGGCUAACCAUCAAUGGACAUGUCCAGGUCUCGCAGACAGCAAGCAGCUCACACUCCUCUGAGACCAGCCUAAUUUCUGUCCUUGCAGAUGCAACAGCUACUUACUACAAUAAUUACAGCAUUUCUUAAGUCUGAGAGAUGAGAUCUGCUCUGUGGACCAACCAAGCAGUUUACUGGACAGAAGGUUUCCCUUUCUCAGGGUUUCCCACUCUGAACUGAAGUAACUUUGGAGUUCACUUUCUAGGUAAUUACUUCAGUUUCCCAACAUUCUCUGUACCCAAUCUAACUACUGAGAAUCUGUCUUCAGAAGGGUCUUUCUAUCCCAGUUAAAAGGAUACAUCUCUACUGCUGCAUCUAGGCACCUUAGUGUGUUGACUUAGACUAAAGAACCCUAGCAUAAUAAUAAUAAAAAAUCUGGUCUACCUACAAGGACAUGACAUCAGGAAAUAUACAUGACCAAUUAUGUAGACCUUCAACCAAAGAUGCUCUUGAAUGCAUUCCCCACUCCUGCUAAGCAGACUAAGAUGAAUGGGAUUGGUGCAAAAGUUUUACUGUGUGCCUGUACAAGUUCAAUUUGUUAUGCAGGAUGUCUUUUCUCAAAUGUUUUUGCUCUUUGCACAAUUCCCAUUUGUUUCCAUGGGCUUGCAUUGGAGACUUUUCCCUACCAAAGCUGAAACAAUAUGUAAUAAUCUCAAAAGUAGUACCACAGAGGCAUCAUCAUCCUUGGUGGAUGGGCUACUUACCAUCUCCCUGUUGUCUCUGGCCAAACAGAUUUUAUCUUAAAAUCAGUGAAAUAUGGUUAAAUGAGGGUAAUCAAAUGAACAUACAGCUCUUGGAAAGUGGUGUCCGUCUCCUGCCCACUCCUGCAGCUCCCAAAUUCUACAAGGGCCUCGUCCUACGAAUCACUUGGGUCCUAUCAUCCCUUUUCAGUUUGGCACACUUUGGCCAACUGAGCAUUUACUGUGGCAGUAGGGCAAAAUAGGUCAAGCUGGGUGAGACUUUAUCAUAAUCAGUGGCAAAUGUGGCUAUGUAAUCUCAUCAUGAAAUGUAGGUCUGAAGAAUUGCACAUGGUGUCGGACAACCGUUUGCUAAUGCUCAGUGUAGCCUAUUAAUCACCCUGUUCAGUAAUGCAAUUUUUAGGAAGGGUCUAACAAUCUCACUGUAGGUUGGGCAACGGUAAGUUGGGCUACCUUUCUGUCCUUUAAAAAG